AUGUAUAAAUUUUGCUCUAGUCCAGAUAAUAAAACAUCAGAAUCUAAAAAUGUUAAUUAAGUUCUCGCUAUUAAAAAAUAGAAUUUUGAGACAAAUUUAGAUAAUCUCAUUACUUUAUUUGACAUCAUCGAUGAUUAGUUGGAUGCAAAUUUUCUAUAAAAAUAACAGCAGAAUCAAGAAAUUGCACAAAAUCAAACAAAUUAAAAUGAAUUAUAAUACUAGCAAGAAUUGGAAGGAAUCAAUACUAAAUUAUCGAGGAUUGUAUUGGACUUAAAAGCAGCAGAAUAAAAUAAAAUUUUUGAAAAACAAGAAGAGAUGCUCAAAAAAUUUGAAGAAUUAAAGAAAUUUGCAAAAGAACAAUAUUUAAAAAUAUUGCUAAAAACACCCAAAAUUUUGAAGGACAAUAAUUUUGUAUUAACAAGGGAAAUUCUUGAGAAGGUACCUACAGAUGCUUUAAUUGAAUUGCAAGAGCAGUUAAUUUAACUUGAGAAAUGGUAAGAAAUUGUUAAUUUUUAUCAAAAUAAUUAAAUUAUGUGA